UUCCAACCUAACCUGACAGUCAGGAAAAACAGGAAGUAAGAGAUUUCUGGACACUCGAAUCAAUGUUGGGACUUUGUAGCCUUAGUGCUAUAGCCUUUUCUUUCACAAGAAAAAAUGGUACAAAGCGCUGUCAAAUAUAAAGCACUGGCAAGCGAUGUGCGCGAUGUAAACGACAGCGACUGCGCAGAAGAAGAGGACGAUGAGGAAAUUACGAUACAUUUCCAGUCGCCCUUCAAUCAGCCAAAAGGGAGAGGAAGAAGAUACACUUAUAUCAGGGUCAUUGUGGCCCUGAUUCUUUUAGUAAUAGUUUGUGCAUUUAUGAUCAGUGAGUGGAAUGGUUAUUGGUGUGCGACUGAGGAACAUGAGGACCUAUCACAUUACCAGGAGACUGACAUGGCAAGCAAGAACUCUGAGGAAAAGGGCCAUAACCACCACCAGCACCAUCACGGGGAAGAUGAAGAUCAUGAUGAGGAAGAAGAUCACCACGAUCAUGAGCACAGUGGACCUUUGUACCACCAUGCUGCUAUCAUCACAGACUCAGCAAUCUGCUCCGGGAUUGGUAAAGAGCUUCUUCAGGCGAGAGGGAAUGUGGUAGAUGCAGGGAUUGCUGCUUUACUCUGCCUCGGAGUUGUUCACCCACACACUACAGGAUUAGGUGGAGUGUUUUCAGCUAUUUUGUACAACCACACCAUGAAAUCAUUUAAAGCAAUACGUGACACUUCUCCGAAAUUGCCUGCUUAUUCAGCCCCCUCGCUGUUGCAGGGCCUCACAUUACUGCAUUCAAACUACGGACAUUUAGAAUGGGGGAAGCUUUUUGAAGGUGCCACAAAACUUGCUAAAGACGGUUUCCCUAUUGAUGCGAUUCUCUCCAGGGCUUUAGAAACCCACAAAGAUAAAAUACAUAAAUCUAAACUGUGUGAUGUGUUCUGCGAUACGGACGGCCGCGUGAAAUCAGAGGGUGCACAUGUCGCCAAUGGGAAGCUAUCAGAACUUUUGCUGAGCGUCGGCCUAAAUGAAUCCCAUUUCGCGGAAGAGCUGGCUGUAAAAUUGGCCCAAGACAUUUCUGAAGCCGAGAGGCCGGCUUUUCUUGCUGCUGCACAGGCUGGCGGUGGAGAAAUCAAUGAGGUCUUUUUUGUGAAAAAGGAGAAAUACACCAUUCUGUCAGCCCAUUCCCAGCUCAAUGGCGAAAUGGUAUCUAAUAUACUAGAUGCAGUCAGAGAGCAAAACCUUUCUUUUCAAAGCAUUGGAGAACUUAAUGUUGCUGCUUCUUACAACACUCUCUUGAAUAUGGCAGAUGAAUUCUUCAAUACAAGUCAGAUGGAGAAUAGCCUGAGAGAGAUAUUGGCACUGAAUACCUCAAGCUGUCAAAUAGUGGCUUUUGAUAGUCAUAGCAAUUUUAUAGUCAUCUCCACCUCGCUCAACAGCACCUGGGGAUCUGGACAAUACUUACCACAUACUGGAGUCAUCCUCAAUGAUUUUACCUCAGACGUCAGUCAGCUGCCUUAUUUUAGUUUUCCUCUAGUAGUGAAGAUUAAUGACGAAGAUGAUGCAGAUGAUUAUGACAGUAAUAGUGAUAAUGAAGCGGAGGAACUUGAGAUGCGGUUGCUUGCUGUGACCGGAGGUCUUUCUGCCCUGUUUAACUCUGUGGUCAUGAUGAGGAACCUGCAUGACUUUGAAAUGUCUGCUCAUGAAACUGUAGAGUCUCCUCUCUUCCAUAUAGAUCAGAGAGAUCACAAGUUUUUGUCUGCAUGUAUGUCUGUUGUCACGAAUGGCACUGUUGUCUACGGUAUGUUUUCAAAAGGAGAUGAGCAGCUGCAAGUGGUGGACGAAUGUUCAGGCCACUUUUUGUCUAUGCUGCUGCAGCUAAAAGCAGAACAUAUAGGAGUCUAUGGAGCUCCCACUACGGAAGUCAGUGCUGAUGGGUACUAAUAAAAAGGUCUUUUAACUCUUUCCCCGCCAUUGAUGAGUUUUCUUGUCAAUUAAGAAAAAAAACAUUUCCCUGCCAAUGAUGCUUUCCUGAGUUUUUAAUGUAAUCUAUAAUUCCGCUAUUAUCCACUAGAUGGCGGUCUUAGCCAAUUUAUAAAAAACUGAAGUAAAAAUGAAUUUAAUUAAUUUUAAAAUCCGUAUAUGCUUUGGUCAUCAUCUCUAACAAAAUUCCUUUACAAAAAUGCAAUUAUUUGUAGUUUUUUUCUAAAACUUUUGUAUUUUUAAAGAAACCUACCCAUAAUUAAGAGGUUAUAAAAAAUGAAAAAAAGGAAUAUAGGAUGAAACAUUUUUUUUUCUCGGUUUGUUUGUUUUAUUGUUUGAAAUCAGAGGUUCUGUUCUUUCAUUUGAUAUAUUUGUAUUUAUAUAUAUUUAUAGAAGAAAAUUUUCCUGGAAGGCAUUUUAUGAAACUUUUGUGAAAACCACAUAAAAUGCUGGCAGGCAAUUAAAAAAAAAAGGCUGGCAGGGAAUGAGUAAUAUAAGCUCAGAUUAAAACAGUUUUACAGUGCAAAGUUUAAACGCACUACUAUUGACAGUGACGAGGACUACACCUACACUGUAAUGCUGCGUUUACACCAACCGCGUUUCAGGCGUCAAAAUCGCGUCUACCGCGCCUAUUUUGCCGCUUGAGAGCGAAGUAGACGCGUGAAAAAAGCAAGCAUUUGACGCGCGUCAGAGCCAAACUCCGCUUCUUGUGGGAGGGGGAAGUGCUAUGCGGUUGUCUGUUUGCAAGAUGACUGAUGUUGAUUGUGCAUUUAUCAAGAGAGUUACCAGUUUGUAUUUGGUAACCUUACUAUAGGAAGAAAAUAAACAGCACGGGUCGGUAAACGUCACGUGACUUAAAAGUGAAAUGUGCAUUACAACUUACCAGGUUGCCCGAUGUCCUCACUGACUCCGGGUGGGGCUGCCGCCACAGCAGCAAGCAGGGUCCUGAUUGGUUAACGCAGCGUUAAAUUCCGCCAAAGUUCAAAUUUUUCAACCCGGGUGUCAGCCACAAAUUCCCGUCAAACGCAAAAUGCAAAAAAAGCACAAACGGAUGAGGCGGAAUCGCGUCUUCUGCGCCAAAUGCCUCAUCCGCGCCGCGAGACCUCCAGACGUGCGUCAACGUGUCUUCACAUUGACUUAACAUUGAAAUCACUACACACCUCUACCGCGGCUGGUGUAAAUGCAGCAUUAAAAUAAAUGAAGCAUGAAGUUAAAACACCUUGGGUUUGCAAGUCAAUUCAACGCACUAUUUUAAGUUUUGGCUUCUGAAAAGUUGACAAGAUGAAAAGUUAAAAUCAAGUUGAAAUUGUUUAACUUCAUUUUUAAGUUAAAGUAACAUAAAUACAUAUAUAAAGAAUAAUUGACGACAGGCUGUUGAAAUAUUAGAAAUAUAAUGCACACCCGAGGUGGUGAUGUGACCACGACGCAAAGCAGAGUGCGUGCAUCGUUUUUCAGUAAUUCAACGGCCUUGAGUCAAUUAUUCCGCUUAUACUACGGUAACCACACAUCAAGACAUUGAUCACAUGAUAUAUUUAAAGGGAUUCGUCUGGUUUUUGUACUUAAAUCGCUAUUGUGAGUGGGACUAUUUCUUCCGCGUUUAAUCCAACGGCUCUUUUGCUUGUUACAAAACGUAAUUUUUAAGCUGCCAAUGGAGGCACUGAUAGCAUUCUAAUGCAGUUAUUAAUGAAGUUAUUAGAAAAAGAGUGAGUGCGACAGAGAGAGAAAGAAAGAAAAAGAGAGAGAGAGAGAGCGAGAGAGAGAAGGUGAGGGAGCGAGAGACAGACAGAGAGAUUGUGUAAUUGAGGCUACCUCUGUGCGUCUCUAAACAGCACUGUUAUUGCCUCGUAAAAUCGUCUGUCAUGUUGUUUUUGUUAGUCCGUUAUUACAGUUAACUAUGCAAAGUGAUUUGGAACUGUAAUGUGGUCAAGAGAGCUGCCUGGAACUAUGUUUGCCGUGCGUUUCCCAGAAAAUAAUUGCACAACUCAGAACUUUCAUUCAGAUUCAAGCAUUCAACGAACCCGUAGUAUAAGUUGAAUUAACAAACAUGCUGCAUAUUUUUUUAUGGUGUACUUUGAAAAUAACACUUCUUUGCACUUACUCAACAUUUACAUAUAUUCAUUUAGAAGACGUUUUUUAUCCAAAGCUUCAAUCUGUAACUUAUUGAAAUGCUACUGUAAUGCACCAACCUCAGCACUGAGGAGAGUGUUUAAAUCUUCCCAAACUGUACACCAUUGCUCUGCUACCCAUUAGUGAAGAAUGAAAAACUGCACUGAGUUUACAAUACCAUGUUUGUGAAUGUAUUUUUGUUGUUGAUGUUUACUGUUAGGCUACUACAGCCAAAAUAUGACAUUUGAAUGAUUUUGUUUUUUUAAGAAGUACCUUAUUUUUUAUUUAUUUUGUAUUUUGUGAAAUCUUUACAGUAUAUUGAUCUUUUUUGUUUAAUCCUGUACAUUUAAAUUAUUUAGUAUGCAAAAGCAUAUCAGGUGAACUGAAAGGAAUGCCCUUUUGUUAGUUUGUCAUGUUUCACAAUGUAAAUGCACUGUAAAAUCACACUGAACCAUCAAUGUGGGUUGCAUACUGUUUUGAUGACGAUUAGACAUCUACAAACCCUUACAAUGUUUCUGAUGUAGUUUUGAUAAAUUUUACAUACAAUUAGCUCUGUAAGUGUACAUUAACAUUUAAUAAUGUCAAAACGAAUGACUUUGUGUUUUUGUUUCAUAAAGUACACCAGAAGCUGCCUAUUUUAGUUUAAAAUUCAUAUUUGGUUCUUAAUCCUGUUUGCAAACGUGAUGCAUAUUUUGUACCUGAUAAAUAAUGUAAGCUUUUGAAGACUGAUUUUGAUUGUAAAAUGUGAGAUUAAACGACCUUA